AGAGGCGGCGCCGAGCUUUCUCGGCGGGCUUGGACUGACAUCACACGGGAGAAAGGGCGAGCGAGCAGGAAACGUGACAGGCACCGAGGAUCGGGAGAAGGGAGCAUUUUCCCGCAGAGAAGCUUGGACCUGCCGACAACCGAGCACCGAGCAGCGAGCGCCGUCCAACUCCACCUCACCCAGACUUGCGACUGUCCAUUGCCAUUGCGCGACUACCCGUGUUCUGUCCUGAGCGGAUCGCGCACCUUUUUUUCUUCUCCCUGUCCCUCCAUCCCACGCGGACAAUUUUCCCCACAACACGGCGCAAUGGCUCCCAUACCAGAUACCGUGGUCGAUGACCUCAAGAGCACCGUCAGCCGCCUCGAGAAGCGCAUUGCCGAGCUGGAGCACAAGCUGUCGGGCCAUGGCGGUCAAUCGCCAGCGCAGGAAAGCGUCAGAAUGAUUCUCAUGGGACCGCCGGGUGCUGGCAAGGGCACACAAGCACCGCGGAUCAAGGAGAAGUUUUGCGCAUGCCAUCUUGCCACAGGAGACAUGCUGCGCGCACAGGUGGCGGCAAAAACACCCCUCGGCCGCGAAGCGAAGAAGAUUAUGGAUGCCGGCGGCCUGGUCAGCGACGAGAUCAUGGUCAACAUGAUCAAGACGGAGCUCGAGUCCAACCAGGAGUGCUCCAAGGGCUUCAUCCUCGACGGUUUCCCACGAACAGUCACGCAGGCCGAGAAGCUCGACGGCAUGCUUGCCGCAACCAAGAAGCCCCUCCAACACGCGAUUGAACUGCAAAUCGACGACGGCCUGCUCGUCUCGCGUAUCACUGGACGUCUUGUCCACCCCGCAUCCGGCCGCUCUUACCACAAGAUUUUCAACCCACCCAAGGCGCCCAUGACCGACGACAUCACUGGCGAGCCGCUCAUCCAGCGCUCCGACGACAACGAGGCGACUCUGAAGAAGCGCCUCGCAACCUACCACGCCCAGACGGCGCCCGUUGUCGCAUACUACCAGAAGACGGGUAUCUGGAAGCCCAUUGAUGCAAGCCAAGAGCCUGGGCAGGUGUGGAAGAGCUUGCUCAAGGUUUUUGACAACCACGCUACGGUUAGCGGACAGACAGGCAGCCUGCUCAACAAGAUUGGCCUCAAGAACUAAAUCUACUCUGGCCUUUUGAGUUGAGGCUGGGGAUGCGGGACUUGGACGAUACGGAUCAAAUGGACGCUACGAAACACGUCUACAACUUCAACCUCUAGCACGGGCAGACCUUCAACGUCUCGUCAUGUUUGUGCGCCACGUAUGUAAAAGCCUGCAACUUUACGCUUUGGAAUGAGGAAUGCACAUAUGUAAUGGAUGGGUUUUUUGUACUUGUACAGACGCAUUGGAGAGGGUGGGCGGCGGUUUGGGGGGGGGGGGGAGAUUAGCACUUUGUGUCUCCUGUGUGUGGAUUUCCAGACUCAGGUGGGGGAGGGGGGUCUGCAUCUAGAUCAGUCAGUAGCUUGCCCGGGGGUUGGAAAUAGUGAAAAAGACGUUC